AUGUCUCUGAUAGUUGGUGUGGAUGACUACAGCUCAGAGUCUGAUGUGAUUAUUAUACCUUCAGCCCUGGACUUUGUCUCACAAGAUGAAAUGUUGACGCCUUUGGGAAGACUGGACAAGUACGCUGCAAGUGAGAACAUAUUUAACAGGCAAAUGGUGGCUCGAAGUUUGCUGGACACUUUGAAGGAAGUCAGUGAUGAUGAGAGAGAUUGUAUUGCUGUGUUGGAGAGGAUCAGCAGAUUAGCUGAUGAUUCAGAGCCAACAGUGCGGGCAGAACUGAUGGAACAGGUGCCUCAUAUUGCUAUGUUCUGUCAAGAAAACCGACCUUCAAUCCCAUAUGCUUUUUCCAAAUACUUACUGCCUAUUGUGGUACGAUACCUCGCAGACCAGAAUAACCAGGUAAGAAAAACAAGCCAGGCAGCAUUGUUAGUUCUAUUGGAGCAAGAACUCAUAGAGAGAUACGAUGUGGAGACCAAAGUAUGCCCUGUUCUGAUAGAUCUGACCGCUCCAGACAGCAAUGAUGAUGUGAAGACUGAAGCUGUGGCUAUAAUGUGCAAAAUGGCCUCCAUGGUGGGAAAGGACAUCACAGAAAGACUUGUUCUUCCUCGGUUUUGCGAGAUGUGCUGCGACUGCAGAAUGUUUCAUGUUCGUAAGGUAUGUGCAGCCAAUUUUGGAGAUAUCUGCAGUGUUGUUGGGCAGCAAGCCACUGAAGAAAUGCUGCUGCCAAGGUUUUUCCAGCUCUGCUCUGAUAAUGUGUGGGGAGUUAGGAAAGCCUGUGCUGAGUGCUUCAUGGCAGUUUCUUGUGCAACAUCACAGGAAGUCCGGAGGACAAAAUUGUCAACCCUUUUUAUUAAUUUGAUUAGUGAUCCUUCACGAUGGGUCCGCCAAGCUGCUUUUCAGUCUCUGGGGCCUUUCAUAUCAACUUUUGCUAAUCCAUCCAGCAGUGGCCAGUACUUUAAAGAAGAAGAUAGUAAAAACCCAGAAGACUGUGGUUCUGCACAGGAAAACAGUGAAAAAGUCAGGACUACAGAAGAUGUCACAACAGAUGAUGAGCACAACAGGACAGAGGAUCUGUCUUCACAUGUUGAUAAUGACGAUUUUGCAACAAAACUUGAAAAUGCCAUGGAAGAUCAAAAUAUAGUGUCAAAUAACUCCCAAAGGGAAAGUGAUUUCCAGACUGAGUCAUCCUUCCAUUGCACUUUGUCUUCAGAAUCUUGUGGGGAAAUGGCUGAUGAGAACGAGCGAAGUUCUCAUUGCUGUACAGCAGGUCUGCGGGAGGCUGGGCUGAAUUCACAGGAAACCUCUCUUUCAGAACAAGAAUUAUACAACUCUUUCCAUUUCUGGAGGACUCCACUUCCUGAAAUAGAUAUUGACUUCGAGCUUCAGCAGACUUCUGAGAUAAUACUCGAUAGAGAAAUUCAGGAACUCACUAUGCCAGUGUCUCCAAACAUUCCUAUGGCAACAAGGAAAGAAUUGGAAGAAAUGAUAGAAAAUUUGGAACCCCAUAUAGACGAUCCAGAUGUUAAAGCACAAGUGGAGGUGUUGUCUGCUGCACUCAGAGCAUCCAGUUUGGAUCCUCAAGAAGAGACAACGGCCAGCGUUGGCAAGGGAACAGACUCACAGACUGAACUAGCCACCGAUGACCAACAACAUUUUAAACCUAUACUGGGUGAUAUUGUGCCUUUAAUUGGUGAUGCUGUUGAG